AGUGGUAUUAGGGUUUGGUGGAGGCGUCGCAGCAAGAGGAAGAAGUGCGAGAGAAUGAAGACUAUACUAUCUUCGGCGACGAUGGACAUCCCGGAAGGGGUGAAGAUAAAGGUGAACGCGAAGGUGAUAGAGGUGGAGGGCCCCCGUGGCAAGCUGACCCGGAACUUCAAGCACUUGAGCUUGGAUUUCCAGCUGAUCACUGACGAGAACGGCCAGAGGAAGCUGAAGGUGGAGGCCUGGUUCGGGUCGAGGAAGACUUCCGCUUCUAUUCGAACCGCCCUCAGCCAUGUGGAGAACCUCAUCACCGGCGUCACCAAGGGCUACCGCUACAAAAUGCGCUUCGUCUACGCCCACUUCCCCAUCAACGCCUCGAUCACCAACUCCAACCGUUCCAUCGAGAUCCGUAACUUUCUUGGCGAGAAGAAGGUCAGGAAAGUGGAUAUGCUCAACGGCGUGUCAAUUCUGCGAUCUGAGAAGGUCAAGGAUGAACUCGUUUUGGAUGGCAAUGAUGUCGAACUUGUUUCACGCUCGGCUGCCCUCAUAAACCAGAAAUGCCAUGUCAAGAAUAAGGAUAUCAGGAAAUUCCUCGACGGCAUCUAUGUCAGUGAGAAAGGCACAGUAGCUGAUGAAAAUGAAAAUUGAUUUUCUUUACUUUCUAUAAUUAAGCGACGGAUAUAGUGCUGAAACUGUUUCAUGUCUUGUUGAGAUCUCUACAAGUUUUGGGUUUUCUUUUCUUUGCCACCUAUCUUUAUUUUUUUGAUCCCAGAAUAUGAGGACUUGUUUUAUCUUUAUUUUUUUGAUCCCAGAAUAUGAGGACUUGUUUUUUCUUUU